AUGGGCGACGCACAGGAAAGCGAGCAUCAGCUGUGGGUCAACCUCAGUUCCCUCGGAGAUGGCAACAUAUUCGCGAUCCUGCCGCAGCUGAUGCGGAAGAUGUUGGACGUGGAGGGCGGCGGGAUGUUCCGCGACGAAGAGCCCUACGACUUCGUGCUCCCGAGCGACGACGAGUGGCAGACGAAGAUCUACUACAAGCUGGUGGAGAAGCAGAGGAUCGCCGACGCGCUGGAGCAGGACAUGUUUGACUGGAUGCAAGAACCCACCGAGCCCAAGCUCCACGACUGGAUCAUAAAACCCAAAAAGAAGCAAGUCCAGUGCGAGCCACCGCCCAAGAGCGCCCAGAAGAAAAGCCAGAAGCAGAACGGUCCGGGCCCCAUCACCUGGACCGUCAGCGACAUCGCCAAGGCCGGCUGCAUACUCACCCAGCCCCCGUUGCUCACCCACUUCGAGGACGAGCAGGAGAUGCGGCGCGUCUACACGCUGAUUUACGACGUGUUCAGACACAAGAACGUUUUGACGCAGGCUUUGAACGAUAUUGGCUUCUUCAUGGUUCACCCUGAGCUAGAGCUAACCAUCUCCCACAUCUGGCUCCUCUUCUACGACCUCUACCACCGCGCCUUCAAGAAGCGCGAGACCGCCGUCGUCGCCGCCGCCACUCGGCUCUUCCACGAAGCCGGCUUGACCGCCGCCGAGUCCGCCCUGUGGGAGUUCCGCACCAAGCUGGCCGCCGCCGUGGCUCGGCUCCGCAUCCAGCACAACGCCCUGUCCCUCAGCGACCUCCUGCCUGCCCAUUUACGCGACGACAAGAUCCAGGGCUACGGCAGCACCACCCCCGUGACGUGCUGGGUGAACCUGAAGAAAAUCAAGGGCGUCGGCGAGCUCAAGAACGAGAUCGAGAGCGGGUUCGGAGUGAAGCCGGUGGAGGAGACGCGCCAGCUGGGGCCGCGCACCUACCGCCUGGACCGCCACUGCCCGCACAUCCUCGCCUUCCACAGCUCCAUGAGGACGGCGCUGGCCAGGAGCGAGUUCGUCAAGAAGCACAAGCUGGUGGUGCAGGACAAGUCGUUCUGCCUCGGCCCGGCGACGUUCUUCAAGCACGUGACGGAGCUGGAGCUGUGCGGGAGUGUGAUCCAGACGCACGUGAACUCGCCGAGGACGACUGCGUACUUGGCGACGAUCUUGUCGCAGAACGACAAGAUCAAGCGGCUGAUGGCGUUCAGCGCAGGGGGGCGAAAGGGGGAGUACGAGAGCUACUUGAGCGAGCUGGGGAUGACGAACGUUCUCAUUUUUUCGGAUAGGUUGAUUGACGUGUCGCCGGACGCCAACUACAUGGAGGAGGUGGUGGCAGUGUUUGCCACGCCUCCGAAUAGUUACUCAGCGGUGAACGAUCCAAUCGACUUGGUUUGCAGUAGAGGUGGGGAUCUGUCGAUGCUGGAGAUUUUGACUGAGGCGGAGGAGAGCGAGGCCGGCAGGGAGAGGGUGUACAGGAUUUUAGACGAGCAGAGGAAAACGUUAAGAUUCGCGAUGUCGAGGCCGCAGAUACAAUUCGUUCUAUAUGAGACACACUCGGGAAUCGAGGAAGAGAACGGAGGAAUGAUAGAAAGGACGGUGAGGGAAGUGAACAAGAACGCGAAGCUUCACCAUGCGACGUUACAAGGGAAACUGAUAGUGCAGAUCUUUCCAGACGCUGACGAAAAUAAAGAAAUCAACAACAACGAGAAGCUAGCUCUGGACGACCGCAAGAGCGAAAUCAGCGUCAUGACACCGGAAACCGUCAGACUAUCGAUGGAUAGCGACGAGAAACUUUUUGACAAUAUUACAGUUCCCGAAACCGACAUUUUCGACGUCCCCGCGCUACCUCCGCUCUGCCCCAGUGAGAAUUCGUGCAUUGACUACACCAAAGAAGGCUGCUUCUUGGCCCUCGUCCAGCGCAAGGAGGUCAUCAGACUCGACAACAAAUACAUGAUUCAGAUGGCGGAAAACAGGGGUCUUUUCGGCCGCACCUCUAGUUCCAGUACACGAGCCAAAGGCAGCAGAGGUCCGCGAAAAAAACAAGACAAGCCCCCGAGUCCCCCUCUGCGGACGAGGCGGAGAAUCAAAGACACCGAGGUGGCUAGGAUUGCCGCUCCCACGCAUACCUUCCUGCAGCACACCAGCAGGACGUGCAACGUGGAGCGGUGCGUGCGCUGCCGCGACGAGGAGGAGAAGGACAAGGCCCCGGUCUACAGGCAGUGGUGGUCGGAGACCACGCGGCACAUCAUGGCGCUGCGCUCCAACUUGAUCAAGAAUAAGGUUAUUCCUUCUAGAAAGGGCAAGGAGAUUAACGCAAAGUCGGUUAUUGACACUUUUAUUUAUAAUAGUAGUAAGAUUGACGAGAUUGUUGCAAAAAGCAGGGGCUCCGAUCAGACGAACGUGCCGCUGUUCCCCAAACUGAAACUGACUAGGGAGCAUAAGGUGGACAAGGUGCAGUUGCAACUGCCCGUCACUAUGGUAAGAUUCUACUGAUGAUGGUCGCUGUGAUAUUUAUAGAAGAAAUUGAUCAAUAAAAGAUA